AUGUCUAAAACUCAAGCUAUUGUUGUCCAAAAGAAGGGCGAUGCCAAGGUCACUGAGGUCAGCGUCCCUAAAGUCAGGGAUGAUUACAUCAUCGUGAAGACCAAAGCAAUCGCACUGAAUCCCACUGAUUGGAAGCAUAUUGACUUUCUCUGCGAGGAAGGUGAAAGAAUUGGAUGUGAUUAUGCAGGCAUCGUUGAAGAAGUCGGCAGCAAGGUCACCAAAGGCUUCAAGAAAGGAGACAGAGUGGCUGGAUUUGUACAUGGAGGAAACAUGGUCGAGCACGAAGACGGUGCUUUUGCAAAUAUCAUCACAGCCAAGGGUGACAUCCAGAUCAAGAUCCCGGACAAUAUUAGCUUCGAGGAAGCUUCCACUCUAGGUGUUGGAAUCACCACCGUCGGUCAAGGACUUUACCAAUCUCUCAAGCUUCCCCUUCCAAACAAGCCCUCUUCUUCUACCGAGAAGAAAUACCUCCUAAUCUACGGCGGCUCCACCGCAACCGGAUCCCUAGCCAUCCAAUACGCCAAACUGUCCGGUCUGAACGUCAUCACGACUUCAUCUCCCAGGAACUUCGACUAUGUCAAGUCUCUCGGCGCAGUUGCAGCAUUUGACUACAACUCUCCCACUUGCUCCCAAGAAAUCAAAGAUUUUACCAAAGACAGCGUUACAUUAGCAUUUGACUGUAUCGCCGAAGGCGACAGUCCCAAGAUCACCGUCUCCGCGAUGUCUACAUCCGAAGGCGGGACUUACUCCACGCUCCUGCCCGUUCCGGACGAGCAGGUCACGGCUAUCAACGACAAGGUCAAGAACCAGCAUACGCUGGCGUAUACCGUCGUUGGAGAGAGUUUCAAGUUCGGUACCAACGAGGUUCCUGCCGUUCCAGCUGACUUUGAGGAGGGCAGUAAAUUCUGGGAGUUGACGAGGGAACUGCUAGCCGAUGGAAAGAUCAAGGUCCAUAGACCCAGUGUGGAUAAGUAUGGGAAGGGUCUUGAGGGUGCGUUGAAAGGGCUUGAAGCUAUGAAGGCUGGGCAGGUGUCUGGCGAGAAAUUGGUCUUCACUAUGUAG